UUCCACCCGCUGCCCCCCCGCGGAGCCAACGGCGGGCCGCCUUUCAUCCUGCGCGCCAGGCGCGGCCAAUAGGAAGCGGCCAGCCUCGCUCCCGCCCUUUUAUGGCUCGGGGACGCGCGGGAGGGGCGGGGCCUCCUGGAUGGGGCGGGGCCUCCUGGAGGGGGCGGGGCGAGCCGCGAGGGGGGAGGGACCUCGCUCCCGGCGUGCACCGCGCGGGCGGGGAAAUGAAACCGAAACCGAAAUCCCGGGGCCGGGGCCGGGGCCGAGGGCGGAGCCAGAGCCGGAGCCGCCGCAGGGACCGGGACCGGGACCGCCAUGGCCACCCCGCCGCGGGUCCCGCUGCUGCUGGCGGUGCCGGGGGGGCCGCGGGGGGGGCCGCGGCUCUUACCCCAGGCCCUGGCCGCCCUGCGCGGGGCUCCGGCGCCCGUCCAUGUCGUGGCCGCGUUCGGGCCGAGGGGCAGCGGGACGUCCUUCCUGCUGGACCAGCUGGCGGGGCCGGGCAAGGCGUUCCCCGGCAGCCCCGGGCUGUGGCUGCGCUGCUGCCCCCACCCCACGCGGCCGGGCCAUGCGCUGCUGCUGCUGGACGCCGGCGGCUUCCCCGCGCCGGGGGACGAGGACGAGGAUGAGGAGGACCCCUGGUUCCUGCAGCUCCUGGUGCUGCAGCUGCUGCUCGCCAGCGUCUUCGUCUACAGCAGCGGCGCCGCGGCCGAGCCGCGGGAGGAGCUGGAGCGCCUGAUCUACGUCCGGGCGCUGCCGCGCCGCCUGCGGCUGCUGGCGGAGGAGGAGGAGGAGGAGGAGGAGGAGGAAGGCGCGCUGCUGCGCACCGUGCUGCCGCCCUUCGUCUGGAGCCUGCGCGGCGCCGCCGUGGCGCCCGAGGACGAGGCCGUGCUGGAGGCCGAAGGCCACGAGCUGCGGGCGGCGCUGGGCACCCCCCCAGGCCCGGAGGCGCCGGUGACGCGCGGCGUCCUGGCGCUGUUCCCCGAGCAGAAGCUGUUCCGCCUGGAGGCCGGCGGCGCCGGGGGGCUGCCGCAGCUCUGCGCCCACCUCCUCGGCUGCGGCCCCAAGACGGGGCUGAGCGGGGACCCCGUCGGCGGCGCCUACCUGGCGGCGCUGGCGGAGCGGGCGGCGGAGGCGCUGCGCGGGGCCGAGCCGCUGCGGGUGGCGCGGCUGUGCCGGGACGCCGAGGGGGCGGCACUGCAGGUACCGGGCGCGGGGGACGUGGGGGGGGGUCCUGGGGAAGGGGGGGCGGCCCCCGGCCCAGCACCGCGCCCGUGGCGGGGGGGGGGCGAGGCGGUGGCCAGGCUGUGGCACGGGGAAGGGGUCACGCAGCCGGGUGCUGCCGACGCGCGGUGGAGCGGGGACGACGCCAACAAGGACAUCGACGUGCAGCACGGUGACACCGCCGCCCAACAGGAUGUCACCGCAUGGCUCGGUGACACUGUGAGGGAAGGGGACAUCAACGUGUGGCAUGGUGACACCGCGAUCCAACAGGACGUCAGUGCGUGGUUCAGUGACACCGUGACAGAAGGGGACAUCGACGUGUGGCAUGGUGACACCGCCACCCAACAGGACGUCAGCGCGUGGUUCAGUGACACUGUGAGGGAAGGGGACAUCGCCAACGCGUGGCUCGGUGACACCGCUGCCCAACAGGACGUCAACCAGAGCAAUGGUGACACCGCCGCCCAAGAGGACGUCAACACAUGGUUCAGUGACACCGUGACAGAAGGGGACAUCAACGCGUGGCAUGGUGACACCGCCACCCAACAGGACGUCAACGCGUGGCUCGGUGACACCGUGACGGAAGGGGACAUCGCCAACGCGUGGCUCGGUGACACCACCCCACCACACGACGCCGUCGCCUGUCUCGAUGGCGCCGUUCCCUGGAAGGACGCCGCCGGCCCGGCAGCGGGGGACACGCCGGAGGCGGCGCCGCGGCACCGGGGGGGCACGAUGGAGGCCCCCCUGUGCCUGGUGCAGAACGGGCCCGACGGGGCGCUGAGCCUCCACCCCCCGGCGCUGGAGGUGCUGCGCGGCAUCGGGCAGCCCGUGGUGGUGGUGGCCAUCGCGGGGCCCUACCGCAUGGGCAAGUCCUUCCUCAUGAACCGGCUGGCGCGGCGGCGCACCGGGUUCCCCCUGGGCCACACGGUGCAGGCGCAGACCAAGGGCAUCUGGAUGUG